AUGAAUUUGAGUGUCAAAAGCUUUCUGGAAAAUGUUCGAAACAAUUUGAAACCUCGCACAGAGGGCAACUUCGUAAUUAUUACUGGAAAUGAGUCCUGUGAUUUGGGCAGUGUUGUCAGUGCUAUUGGAUAUGUAUUUCUGAAAACAUUGGCCGAGAUUGAUCUUAGGACAGAAGUUGUUUAUUGGUUGGAAGCCGUGGGAUUAUCGAUUGGAGACCUAAUCACCGCUGGUGAAUUGGAUUGGCUUGAUAAGAAAGAGAAUGCCAAGAUGAUUCAAGUUAUUUUGGUGGAUCAUUUGCAAAUUGAACAAAGCAACUUCUUUAAAGAUUAUCCUGUCAUAGAAAUCAUCGACCAUCGACCGUUUCCCAAAGAUUAUAAGCAACCGAAUUCAUGUGAUUUCUUUAAUGUUCAUAUUGUUGGAUCGUGUUCUACACUAAUCACGGAACUGCUUUUUGAUAACCUCGAUCCAAAUGAAAUUCCGAAGGAUCUUUGCCACUUAUUAUAUGGUGCGAUGUUGGUUGAUAACGAUGGAUUUUCCAUAUCUGCGAUUGAGAUUAAUAAGGCAACUAAAAGAGAUCAAUUUGCAUGCCAGAAGCUUCUUGAACACGGUGGUGAGAGUUUGCUUAAUCGGGGUGGAACCCGAAACGAUGUCUACGAGGAGAUCAAGAAGUCAAAAUGUGAUAUUUCAGGUUUGUCACUGCAGCAGCUUUUUCGAAGGGAUUGUAAAAAGGUCACCCUUCCGAAUCGUCCAAUUAUUGUAUGCUCAACAAUUACUGGAGUUGAUUGCCAGGAACUUACUUCUAUGAAUGGAUUUUUCAAUUAUGGGAGUACCUACUGCACUGAGCAGAAUGCUCAUGCCCUGGUUUGCGUAACUGUUGGACGUUCUCCAAGUGCUGAGAAUAGUUGUUCCACUUGCAACCCUAAAGAAGCCCUCUUAGACGAUGGCAUGCGUCGUGGUAUCGUUAUCACCGGCCCACCGCAAAAUCUUGCAUUUGUAAACAAGUUGUGGGAGUACUUAAUUGGCAAUUCUGGAGCUCUCCAUCUGAGGUCUAUAAAGGGUGGAGAAUGCUGCAAUACACCAAUUAAUCAGGGCGUACAUAUCGCUGUUGUUACAAAUCCCUAUGCAACAAGGAAACAAUUAAUACCUAUACUUGACGAAUUCCUUGCAAAUGAGGGAUCAUAG